CGGUGUUUUCCAUACCUUUAUUUUUAUUGAAUAUUAUUUUUGGUCUGAUGACUUUAAUAGAUCCCCGGAACUUUAAAUAAAUACAAAUGGCGACAAAGCGAUUGAACAAGGAACUUAAAGAACUUGCUGGAAAUCCUAGUCCAGGUUGUUCGGCGGGCCCUAUAAAUGAUGACAUGUUCAAUUGGGAGGGCAGGAUACAGGGACCAGAUGGAACUCCUUAUGCUGGAGGAUUAUUUUACUUGCGGUUGACGAUUCCCAGUGAUUAUCCUUUAAAACCACCAAAGGUAAAAUUUACAACAAAGAUUUACCAUCCAAACAUAAGUGGAAGUUCAGGUGAAAUAUGUUUAGGUGUACUGAAGUCAAACUGGGCGCCAUCUUUAGACAUACGUAAACUGUUACUAAAUAUAGUAUCGUUAUUGAGUACUCCAGAUCCUGAUGAUCCACUAGAUACAGAUGCUGCAAAACUAUACGAAUCAGAUAGGAAAUUAUACGAUAAAACAGCAACGGAAUGGACACGAAAAUACGCCAUGUAACGUGGUUGACUGGGAUAUGACAUCAUGUUACAUUUAACGUUUUCAUUGUACAAUACAAUACUUUAAUGUCUUUGUUGCGUGACUGAAAUUUAUAUAAAAUUGCACGAAGUUGAUUUAUAUGUUGAGAUAAUUAAUCUUGUUUUGUAGAUUGUAAUUAAAUAAACUCUUGUAAGCAUAUGAUACGUAUAUAUCAACACCAUUUGUGUUUGUUCUUGUUUGUCGUCCGUCGACAAACUUAAAUAAAUUUAUAUUUUCUCGU